CCGUCCUCCUCCCCUUUUUUCCCCACAACCAAUUUUCUGAUCGAUGCUGGGAAUCAAAGAGUGAAUCUUAGAACAGGAUGCAGACGAAGAGACUACAGAAUACUGCAGAGAUUCCUUUGUUGCUUUGAUGGGGUGGUUCUUUAUUUCUUUCCUUUUUCCUUUCAGUGAAAUUAAGAGCUUUCAAGCUUCUUUACCAAGGAACCUGAGCCUGCAGUAGAAGCAGCCUUAUUAUCUACAAGUGUGUGGAUAUUUCUUAUGCCAUGAUUUGUAAUUCUCUUUUAAUCAGAAUCUGAAUUUGGCCAGAUGAAUUGUUCUUGAUCUGCUAAUUCUAGCCAGUUCUCACUCAUCUUUCUGGAGAUCCUCACAGGUACUUGCCAUUAUGCAGAAGAAAUGCAGAUUUCCUCCAUCAAGAGAGGAUCAUGUUCAAUAAGUACUUUUUUAUGAGAGAGGCUAAACAGUAAUUAAGAGGUGCAGGAUGAAAAGAUGGCACAAUCAGUGCUGGUACCACCAGGACCUGACAGCUUCCGGUAUUUCACAAGAGAAUCACUUGCAGCUAUUGAGCAGCGUAUCAAUGAAGAAAAAGCUCAAAAAUCCAAACAAGAACGCAAAGAUGAUGAUGAUGAAGAUGGCCCAAAGCCAAACAGCGACUUGGAGGCAGGAAAGACACUGCCAUUUAUUUACGGUGACAUACCUCCAGGAAUGGUGUCCGAGCCUUUGGAAGACCUGGAUCCAUACUACAUCAAUAAGAAAACCUUUAUAGUAUUGAAUAAAGGGAAGGCAAUCUUCCGAUUCAGUGCCACCUCUGCCCUGUACAUGUUAACUCCUUUCAAUCCUCUUAGAAAAAUAGCUAUUAAAAUUUUGGUACAUUCAUUAUUCAGCAUGCUUAUCAUGUGCACUAUUUUGACCAACUGUGUAUUUAUGACCAUGAGUAACCCUCCAGACUGGACAAAGAAUGUAGAAUACACGUUCACUGGAAUUUAUACCUUUGAAUCCCUUAUUAAAAUUCUUGCAAGGGGCUUCUGUUUAGAAGAUUUUACGUUUCUUCGAGACCCAUGGAAUUGGCUGGAUUUCACUGUCAUUACAUUUGCAUAUGUGACAGAGUUUGUGGACCUGGGCAAUGUCUCAGCGUUGAGAACAUUCAGAGUUCUCCGAGCUUUGAAAACAAUAUCAGUCAUUCCAGGCUUGAAGACAAUUGUGGGAGCCCUAAUUCAGUCUGUGAAGAAGCUCUCGGAUGUAAUGAUCCUGACUGUGUUUUGUCUGAGUGUAUUUGCACUAAUAGGGCUGCAGCUGUUCAUGGGCAACUUGAGGAAUAAAUGCCUGCAGUGGCCUCCAGACAAUUCUACUUUUGAAACAACUGUUAUCUCCUACUUUAAUAGCUCUGUAGGUGAAAAUGGUACAUUUAUUAAUACAACAAUGACAACAUUUAACUGGGACGAGUACAUCGAAGACAGAAGUCAUUUCUACUUCUUGGAAGGACAAAAUGAUGCUCUGUUGUGUGGCAAUAGCUCAGAUGCAGGUCAAUGUCCAGAAGGAUAUAUAUGUGUGAAAGCUGGUAGAAACCCCAACUAUGGCUACACAAGUUUUGAUACAUUCAGUUGGGCAUUCUUGUCACUGUUUCGAUUGAUGACUCAGGACUUUUGGGAGAAUCUUUACCAGCUGACACUGCGUGCUGCUGGGAAGACAUACAUGAUAUUUUUUGUUUUGGUCAUUUUCCUGGGUUCUUUCUACCUGAUUAACUUGAUCCUGGCUGUGGUUGCCAUGGCCUAUGAAGAACAGAAUCAAGCAACCAUGGAAGAAGCAGAACAGAAGGAAGCAGAAUUUCAGCAAAUGCUGGAACAACUGAAAAAGCAACAGGAAGAAGCUCAGGCAGCAGCAGCAGCUGCAGCAGCUGACUCAAGAGAUUAUAGUGGAGUAGGUGGAAUAGGUGGAUUCUCCGAAAGUUCUUCUGAGGCAUCAAAACUAAGCUCAAAGAGUGCUAAAGAGAGGAGGAAUAGAAGAAAGAAAAAAAAGCAAAAUGAAAAACCUGAAGGCGAGGAGAAGGAUGGGGAAGAAUUUCACAAAUCUGAAUCAGAGGACAGCAUCAAAAGGAAAGGUUUCCGAUUUUCCAUUGAGGGGAACAGACUGACAUACGAAAAGAGAUUUUCUUCCCCACACCAGUCUUUGCUGAGCAUUCGAGGCUCCCUGUUUUCCCCAAGGCGCAAUAGCAGAACAAGCCUUUUCAGCUUCAGAGGUCGAGCAAAGGAUGUAGGAUCAGAAAAUGACUUUGCUGAUGAUGAGCACAGCACUUUUGAAGACAAUGAGAGCAGAAGAGAUUCUCUCUUUGUUCCUCAUAGACAUGGCGAACGGCGCAACAGUAACAUUAGUCAGGCCAGUAGGUCUUCCAGGACAAUACCUCCACUUCCAGCAAAUGGGAAGAUGCACAGCACUGUGGAUUGCAAUGGAGUAGUUUCUUUAGUCGGUGGGCCACCAGCUUUGUCACCUACUGGACAGCUUCUGCCAGAGGUGAUGAUUGAUAAAGCAGCCACUGCUAGCAAUGGCACUACUACAGAAACUGACUUAAGGAAGAGACGGUCUAGUUCUUACCAUGUUCCUAUGGACUACCUGACAGAUCCCAGUGCACGGCAAAGAGCAAUGAGCAUAGCCAGCAUGCUUACAAACACAAUGGAAGAACUGGAAGAAUCCAGACAGAAGUGCCCACCAUGCUGGUAUAAAUUUGCUAACACUUGCUUGAUUUGGGACUGCUGUACUCCCUGGCUGAAAGUAAAACAUAUUGUAAAUUUAAUAGUGAUGGACCCGUUUGUUGACCUGGCCAUUACUAUCUGCAUUGUCCUAAACACCUUGUUCAUGGCCAUGGAGCACUAUCCAAUGACAGAACAAUUCAGUGGUGUACUUUCAGUAGGAAACCUUGUAUUUACUGGAAUUUUCACAGCAGAAAUGUUUCUCAAGAUAAUAGCCAUGGAUCCUUACUAUUAUUUUCAAGAAGGCUGGAAUAUUUUUGAUGGUUUUAUUGUGAGCCUUAGUUUAAUGGAACUUGGCCUUGCAAAUGUAGAAGGGCUAUCUGUUCUUCGAUCGUUCCGAUUGCUUCGAGUUUUCAAAUUGGCAAAAUCUUGGCCAACUCUAAAUAUGCUAAUUAAGAUUAUUGGCAACUCAGUGGGAGCUUUGGGAAAUCUGACCCUGGUACUGGCCAUCAUUGUGUUCAUUUUCGCUGUGGUUGGGAUGCAGCUGUUCGGGAAAAGCUACAAGGAAUGUGUCUGCAAGAUCUCCAGUGACUGUGAACUUCCACGCUGGCACAUGCAUGACUUUUUCCAUUCCUUCUUGAUUGUGUUUCGAGUGCUGUGUGGAGAAUGGAUAGAAACAAUGUGGGACUGCAUGGAGGUUGCAGGCCAAACCAUGUGCCUUACAGUCUUCAUGAUGGUCAUGGUGAUUGGAAACCUAGUGGUACUUAACCUCUUUUUGGCCUUGCUGCUGAGCUCAUUUAGUUCAGACAACCUUGCUGCUACAGACGAUGAUAAUGAAAUGAACAAUCUCCAGAUUGCUGUGGCAAGGAUUCAGAAGGGAAUAGAUUAUGUGAAGAGGAAAGUGCGUGAAUUCAUCCAAAAAGCUUUUGUUAGAAAGCAGAAGGUUUUAGAUGAAAUCAAACCUCUUGAAGACCUAAACAACAAAAAAGACAGCUGUAUUUCCAACCACACAAUAGUAGAAAUAGGUAAAAACCUUACCUAUCUUAAGGAAGGGAAUGGAACUACCAGUGGCAUAGGCAGCAGCGUGGAAAAAUAUGUUGUUGAUGAAAGUGAUUACAUGUCAUUCAUAAACAACCCAAGCCUCACUGUAACAGUGCCAAUUGCUGUCGGGGAAUCAGAUUUUGAAAAUUUAAAUACAGAGGAGUUCAGCAGUGAGUCAGACCUGGAAGAAAGCAAGGAGAAAUUGAAUGCAUCCAGUUCAUCAGAAGGCAGUACAGUUGAUAUUGGACUACCUCAAGAAGGGGAACAGCCAGAAGCAGAACCUGAAGAGUCUCUUGAGCCAGAGGCUUGUUUUACAGAAGGCUGUGUACGAAGAUUCAAAUGCUGUCAAGUCAGUGUAGAAGAUGGGAAAGGGAAAAUCUGGUGGAAUCUUAGGAAAACCUGCUAUAAGAUUGUUGAACACAACUGGUUUGAGACCUUCAUUGUCUUCAUGAUUCUUCUCAGCAGCGGUGCUCUGGCAUUUGAAGAUAUAUACAUAGAGCAACGUAAAACUAUCAAGACCAUGCUGGAAUAUGCUGACAAAGUAUUUACGUAUAUCUUCAUUCUGGAAAUGCUUUUAAAAUGGGUGGCUUAUGGCUUUCAAACUUAUUUCACUAAUGCGUGGUGCUGGCUGGACUUCCUGAUUGUUGAUGUCUCUUUGGUUAGCUUAACAGCUAAUGCCUUGGGCUACUCAGAACUUGGUGCGAUUAAAUCCCUUAGGACACUAAGAGCUUUGAGACCUCUGAGAGCCUUGUCGCGAUUUGAAGGGAUGAGGGUAGUUGUGAAUGCCCUCUUGGGAGCGAUUCCAUCCAUUAUGAAUGUGCUUCUGGUUUGCCUUAUAUUCUGGCUGAUCUUCAGUAUCAUGGGAGUAAAUCUGUUUGCUGGAAAAUUUUACUACUGUGUUAACACUACAACUGAUGAGAGGUUCGAUAUUAGCCAAAUCAACAACUACAGUCAGUGUGAGGAGCUUAUAAAAAACAAUGAAACUGCCCGAUGGAAGAAUGUGAAGGUUAACUUUGAUAAUGUAGGCCUUGGUUAUCUUUCUCUGCUUCAAGUAGCUACAUUUAAAGGAUGGAUGGAUAUCAUGUAUGCAGCUGUGGAUUCUCGUAAUGUUUUGGAUCAGCCUAAGUAUGAAGAUAACCUGUACAUGUAUCUUUACUUUGUCAUCUUUAUCAUUUUUGGAUCAUUCUUUACCUUAAACCUUUUCAUUGGUGUCAUCAUAGACAAUUUCAACCAGCAGAAAAAAAAGUUCGGAGGUCAAGACAUCUUUAUGACAGAAGAACAGAAGAAAUACUACAAUGCAAUGAAAAAACUGGGAUCAAAGAAACCACAAAAGCCUAUACCUCGACCAGCAAACAAAUUCCAAGGCAUGGUCUUUGAUUUUGUAACAAAACAAGCAUUUGAUAUCAGUAUCAUGAUACUUAUCUGCCUUAAUAUGGUCACAAUGAUGGUAGAAACAGAUGAUCAGAGUGAAGACAUGGAAAACAUUCUAUAUUGGAUUAACCUUGUGUUUAUUGUACUUUUCACUGGAGAAUGUGUCCUGAAAUUGAUUUCGCUUCGCCAUUACUACUUCACUAUAGGCUGGAAUAUUUUUGAUUUUGUGGUUGUGAUUCUCUCCAUAGUAGGUAUGUUCUUAGCUGAGAUGAUUGAGAAAUACUUUGUGUCCCCCACACUAUUCAGAGUCAUCCGACUUGCCAGAAUAGGUCGAAUCCUGCGCCUCAUUAAAGGCGCUAAGGGCAUCCGCACUCUGCUUUUUGCCUUGAUGAUGUCUCUUCCUGCUUUGUUCAACAUUGGGCUGCUGCUGUUCCUGGUCAUGUUUAUCUAUGCGAUUUUUGGCAUGUCCAAUUUUGCCUAUGUUAAGAGGGAAGUUGGGAUUGAUGACAUGUUCAACUUUGAAACUUUUGGCAACAGCAUGAUCUGCCUGUUCCAAAUCACCACAUCUGCUGGCUGGGAUGGUUUGCUAGCCCCAAUUCUUAACAGUGGGGAGCCAGACUGCGACCCCCAUAAAGAUCAUCCGGGGAGCUCCGUGAAGGGCGACUGCGGCAACCCUUCCGUUGGGAUUUUCUUCUUUGUCAGCUACAUUAUCAUAUCAUUUCUGGUAGUGGUGAACAUGUACAUUGCUGUGAUUUUGGAGAACUUCAGUGUUGCUACUGAAGAAAGUGCUGAGCCCUUGAGUGAGGAUGACUUUGAGAUGUUCUAUGAAGUCUGGGAGAAGUUUGAUCCCGAUGCAACACAAUUCAUAGAGUUCAGUAAGUUGUCAGACUUUGCAGCUUCUUUAGAUCCUCCUCUCCUUAUAGCAAAACCAAAUAAAGUCCAGCUUAUUGCAAUGGAUCUGCCCAUGGUAAGCGGUGACAGAAUUCACUGCCUUGACAUCUUGUUUGCUUUCACAAAGCGUGUUCUGGGGGAAAGUGGGGAGAUGGAUGCCCUCAGAAUACAGAUGGAAGAUCGGUUCAUGGCAGCCAAUCCUUCCAAAGUCUCCUAUGAACCAAUUACAACCACAUUGAAACGAAAACAGGAGGAGGUAUCUGCUGUCAUUAUUCAGCGUGCUUACAGACGUCACCUUUUAAGGCAAAAAGUUAAAAAAGUCUCAUGUAUAUUUAAUCAGGAUAAAGGUAAAGAUGAGGAUGAUCUGCCCAUGAAAGAAGAUAUAAUUAUGGAUAAAUUAAAUGAGAACUCUACUCCAGAAAAAACAGAUAUGACCCCAUCCACAACCUCCCCACCUUCUUAUGACAGUGUAACAAAGCCAGACAAGGAUAAAUAUGAAAAAGACAAAUCCGAAAAAGAAGAUAAAGGUAAAGACAGCAGGGAAGGUAAAAAGUAACACAUAAUUCAGUUUGUAAGAAACUGUUUACAGCCUGAGAAAGUAUGUAUUUGUGUCAACAGGACUCCUGUAGGAGGUAUAUGCCAAACUGACAGUUUUUACAUAUAUAAAUAUAUAUAUAUAUAUAAUUAAAUAUAUAUAUAAAAGGUCAGUGCCUAUAUCAAGACAGUGACCCCUCGUCAUCAAAUUGCAACUCUGUAAAACAGGGUAACAUCUUGACAGGAGGUUGUUGUUUUUAUUACCAGCUGACACUGCUGAAGAGAAUAUAAAAUGGCCAAUCAGACUGUAGAGACCAGUUUAAAAAAAAAAAAAAAAAAGGUGCAAACCUAUGAAUCUGUGUUUAACAUGAAACACACAGUACAAAAAAUAUAUCCACUGUUUGCAUUUCAACAGCCACAUUUGCCAUAUUUUUACAAAAAUCAGUGUUGGUGAAACUUAUCAUUUUUUAAUUCACAGGUUGUUUACUAUUAUAUGUGACUAUUUUUGUAAAUGGGUUUUAUGUUGGGGAAGGGGGUAUGAGAACCAGGUGUUCUACUCUCGGAUUCUCUAUAAUGUACAGACAGAAAUGAUUUGCAUGAAGGCAUGCUGCACUUGUAGUUCAUGCAUGGGAAAACAUGACGUCGCACAAAGCAGCAGAGUCUGACUACUUCCAUGUUUCAGGGUGGCUCUAUAUUUUGAGGUGCUUAACAACAGUAUUCAUUUAGUAUCUCAUCCAGACAAAUCUUAAUGUGCCUGUAAAGUCCCACAGAGUCUACAAUAAUAGAUGUUUUAUUUUUUCAUAAGUCAUUUAACUGCAGUUGAAUGAACUCUGCAUAAAAAAUGUACUGAGGGACAGAGAGUCCGUUUUUAACUGUUCUUCUGUAGAAAACAGCUUACCUGAACUUAGGAAAUUAAAUUUACCAAAAUUCCACAAAACUAGGAUUAUGAAGUUGUUCUGCUUCACCCUGCAGUAUCAUUUAGCCAUCUUUUGCUCUCAGCAAGGUUAACAUUGUAUGUGUGGAUUACAAAAUACCAUCUAUUGUAAAUAGUUAUUUUAUUCUGUGGUGCAUGUUUGAGCAAACAAAUAAUGACCUGUGCACAAUAUUUAUUGCAUCAAAUAUGUACCACAAUAAGUGUAGUUUGCAAGCUUUCAACAGCCGAUAUGAAGUAUUCUGUACCAUUAUAGAUAGUUUGAAAGCUAUCACUGAUGCAUGUUUAUCUUGCCUUUGCUGCUGUAAUUUUACUCUUUCCACUGUUGCAAGUCUAAUAUGGGAAGCCAUAUCUCAGUGGUUAAGUGAAACAAAUUGUUCAACUGAUCAUCAUUCUUUCAUGACAUCAAGCAAUAGUUUGCAGCUACUUAACAGCUUCUUGCUUUGCAUUAUAAAAUUUUAAGUGACAACUGUAUGGUGUAUAGUCAGACUGUACAGACUAUGUUGCAAACUGCUUAAUCUGUUGAAAAAUACAUGGAUAGAAUUUUCUAAGAAAAUAUAAAUAUUGUAAAAAAUACCAUUUUAUUUUAUUUUUCAGCGUUUUGUACAUAAGAAAUGAGAAUUAUCUUCAGGUUGAUGUCAGUGUCACUUUUAUUAUUUUCUAUCCAUAGCACUUUUUAAUUCAAGAACUUCACAAAAUAAGAAACAAAGGAAAGAAUGGGGUAGUUUUAGGUUUCUGCUUUUUUAUUAGUACUGUAUUUUUGCACACAUUUUAAUGUGUAAUAAGUUUGAAACUGAGUCCAAAAUGCACUUGCUUCCAAAUAGACAUAACUUGUAAUUGAAAUGUGGUGGGGAAGAUUUGUUUAAAAUUCUAGCACUGCCUGCAUCAGAAGUCUCAAGGUAGUCUUUUUAUUCAUGAGAUCUUUACCAGUGUUUGUUUACAUAGACUAUUCUUAUUCUUGUUGAUUCAUGCUGCACUAGAACUGUUCUAAAUAUAAUAUGGGAUCCACAAUGGUUUUUUUUCCACAGGAAUUAAAUAGAAAACUUGUAUAAUUGAUCACAUCAGGACAUUUUUGUUUCUUACACAAAGCAAAAAUUUGAUGUUGACUCCUCCUUUUACAAAGAUAUUGACUUGUGUGUCAGUGAACUGCAUGCAGGAAAAUGCUAUUACCAUAAAGAACAGUAAACCACAUUACAGUUGAGCCAAAAGAAUAAAGACUUCAUUUUUUAUUGUAUUUAAUUGUUCUGUCUUUGUUUUCAUCAUAAAAAGCUCUUGAAAAUAAAACAUGAAUAUGUAAAAUGUUAGAGAGUAAUGAUUAAAACUCAUAAUAACAGAUUUGCACAAGAAAAAAAUUGAAGCUAUAUUCUUUCAGAAAGAUCUUUAAUAAGAUUUGCACUUACACUGUUCAGGUUAUUAAUCCUAUUUAAAACUUAUAUAGUAGAAUAAUGUUUACAUGUAUGUGAUGCUUAAACCUCUUUUUCAUGUCAGCUAUUCUGAGACAACUAGGAAAACAGAUGUUACAGAAACUACCUAGCUAUUAAGGCUGCAAACCAGUAUGGGUAAUUUCAGCAACAUUUUACAAUGUAAUUGAAGAUUUGUAAGAAAAAGUUUGGUUUGUACAUAAUUAGUAAAAUAUUUAUAAUUUAUUAUUUUGCUGUAAGACAUGAGGGGUACAAGUCAGCAGAAAUAUUCCUGGAAGUUUUGGUAAAGCAUCAAAUUCUUUUUUGUUUUGUUUUGUUUGUUUGUUGUU